AUGCCCAAUGACGACGCAUUCAGCAAGCCUUCGGCGCCGUCCGAGGCCCCGCACGCCCCCGGGGCGCCGCCGCAGGGCAAGGCCGGGGGCUUCGGGAAGGCGGCCGGGGCGCUGCUGGGGACGGCCGGGGGCGCGGGGGCUGGGGGCAGUGGCGGCGGCUCCGGCUCUGGGGCGUCGGGUCUGGGCACGGCGAGCAAGAAGUCCCCGCGGUUGCCCAAGUGCGCACGCUGCAGGAACCACGGCUACGCAUCGCCGCUCAAGGGCCACAAGCGCUUCUGCAUGUGGCGGGACUGCCAGUGCAAGAAGUGCAACCUGAUCGCUGAGAGGCAGCGCGUGAUGGCCGCGCAGGUGGCCCUGAGAAGGCAGCAGGCCCAGGAGGAGGAACUGGGCAUCAGCCACCCCAUCCCGCUGCCCAGCGCAGCCGAGCUGCUGGUCAAGAGAGAGAACAACGGCAGCAAUCCUUGCCUGAUGACGGAGAGCAGCAGCUCCUCGCAGCCUCCGCCAGCCAGCACCCCGACCACUGCAGCUUCAGAGGGCCGUAUGGUCAUCCAGGAUAUUCCUGCUGUCACCAGCAGAGGGCAUGUGGAGAACACACCUGACCUGGUCUCAGACUCCACCUACUACAGCAGCUUCUACCAGCCGUCUCUGUUCCCUUACUACAACAGUCUCUACAACUACCCGCAGUACUCCAUGGCCUUGGCUGCGGAUUCCUCUUCUGGGGAUGUGGGAAGCCCCCUCGGGGGAUCCCCCAUGAAGAACAGCCUUCGGAGCCUCCCAGCACCUUAUGUGCCUGGUCAGACGGGAAACCAGUGGCCGAUGAAAAACUCGGAGAACCGCCAUGCAGUGAGUUCCCAGUACAGGAUGCAUUCUUACUAUCCGUCUCCCUCUUACCUGGGCCAGAGUGUUUCCCAGAUCUUCACCUUUGAGGAUGGCCCCUCUUAUCCGGAAGCAAAAGCGAGUGUAUUCUCGCCGCCCAGCAGUCAAGACUCUGGCUUGGUUUCCCUCUCCAGCAGCUCUCCUAUUAGUAACGAGAGCACAAAGGGAAUGCUGGAGUGCGAAUCUGCACCGGAGCCCAGCAGCUUCACGGUCACUCCUGUCAUCGAGGAGGACGAGUAAGCGGCACCUGCUGCCGUUGGCGGUUCACUUGGAAUAGCAGGCUUAUUCCAUUAGACACAGGGUUUGUUGUUAAUAUUUUUCAUUGACUAAUGCUGUCUUAACUGUUGAGAACUUGUUUGGUUUAUACUCCUUAGGGUUUAGCCCAGAGGCUAAAACAUAGUUGUAAUUGUUUAGGGUCCAUUACCAUCUGCAGGAAUUAAGUGCUUUGCUCACGGAGUUUGAACAGUAGUGUCCCUCACUUUUUUAUGACACUGGUUUACAAGUAGUUUUCAAGAAAUACAAUAGUUCACUCAAGAAAAGCAGUAUGUUUGCAUCUAAAGUUCAUAAUUAGAUGUUACUUUUAGUUUUAAAAUGAAAUCUUAGGCACCUUAGUUUUUUUUAAUUUUAGUACAUAAAACUGCAAAAAAUAUAAAUUCCUGACAAGUAAGAAACAGAGCAGGCAAGAUUCGUGGUUUUUAAAGAAGUCUGCGGUAGAUCAGAAUAAAUGGAAAUACUGUAUUUUGCCUGUUUGUGUUGCUGUUGGAAAAACCUAGCCCCACCCCAACACCUCAAAUUCAAAACAUGACUGAAGUAUAGUCAGAAAAAAAGAAUCAAAGCCCUUAAGAAUAGCUACUUUUUUGUAAAGGGUAAAUAGAAAACAAUACAAUUUAAAGUAACUGGAAUGAUUCAGAGUUCCUGUUCUUUCUAGAAUAGUUCAAGAGUAUCAAAAAACACAUUCUUUGUACUACAGGAAAGAAAUGGAUGCAAUCUAGACUAUUUUGUAACCUUCGGUUGUGAUUUGAAAAUAGGUAUGUGUUUAAAAGUUACUACAGGUUUCUGAGUUUAUUAUUUUGUUAAAAAUUGCUUAUGGAGUACUUAUGUAACAGAAG